AUUAAGCUUCCAUUUGCAAGUGGUACUAAUUUAUUAGUAGUCAUGAAUUCUUCUAACUAUCUCUAAUUUCUGACCCUUCAAUCUCCUUUUCUUUGAAUUAGUGAUUCAAAUACAGAUUCAUCUUUGAUUCUUUCUUCUGGAAAAGGUCUUGUCAUUUGUCAACCUCAUUUCUUUUUAUUCCAAAUUUUCUUCCUUUUGGUUGGACAAAGCACUGUUUCAAUCACAAACACGUUUUGUUUUCUUGUUCGAAACCGCCAUGUUGGGAAUUUUAGGACUGUUUGGUCCAAAUUUUGGUAUCUCCACACGUUUUUGGUCAUUUGACUGCACAAAGAUUUGAGCUUUCUACUGAUUUUCUUCACCAAAAAUUGGAUCUGUUUGAAAGUUGGAAUUGGGUUUUUCAUUUAUUUUUUUUCAGAUUUCUUGGCUCUGUGUUUGUUGGGGAGCUUGUUGCUGAAGAAAGAUUGAGUUAGUUGAACUGGUGGUUGGGAUUGGUUUUCAAGUUCACGGGAAGAUUGGUUUGUUGUCACAGGAAAAGACCAUUGAAAAGUUGAGUGAUCCUCAACUGUUUAAUUAAAUGCCCUGCUGAACUUGUAUGCUACUUUUCUCUGAAGCCAGUUCCAAGCCCAAGGUCUUGUUUUUGGUUGAGAAAGAUAGAGAGCUUCCUGUUUCUUCUUCUUGUUUGUUUAAAUUGAUGUGCUUUUUGUUGAAAAUUUGAAAUGAGUCAUUCUGGAGCAGCAGUUGUUGAAGUUACAAAAGACAAGAAUGGAAUCGAUCAAUUUCUCCUUCAAAAUCCUCGAGGAGCUUCCGCUAGGGUUAGCUUAUAUGGAGGCCAGGUUUUGUCCUGGAGGAGUGAGCGUGGCGAAGAAUUGUUGUUCAUUAGCAGUAAGGCAGUCUUUAAGCCACCAAAAGCAGUGAGAGGAGGAAUUCCAAUCUGUUUUCCACAGUUUGGAAAUGGAUCAUUGGAGCAGAAUGGAUUUGCCAGGAACAGGAUUUGGGCAAUCGACAAUGAACCUCCACCUCUAAAUCCUAAUUAUUCUAAUGGCAAGGCCUACAUUGACUUGCUACUCAAACCAUCUGAGGAUGAUUUGAAGAUUUGGCCACAUAGCUUUGAGUUUCGUCUUAGGGUCUCACUGGCAGCAGAGGGGAAUCUAAACCUGAUAUCACGCAUCAGGAACAUCAAUUGCAAGCCUUUCAGUUUUUCAAUUGCUUAUCACACAUAUUUCUCCAUUUCUGAUAUCAGCGAAGUGAGGAUUGAGGGCCUGGAGACUCUUGACUACCUAGACAAUCUAUGUGAAAAGGAGCGCUUUACAGAACAAGGGGAUGCCUUAACAUUUGAAUCAGAGGUGGACCGAGCUUACCUUAGUUCUUCAGGUGCAAUAGCUGUUUUUGAUCAUGAAAGAAAGAGGACAUUUGUUGUACGAAAGGAGGGACUUCCAGAUGUUGCGGUUUGGAACCCAUGGGAUAAAAAAUCCAAAUCCAUAGUUGAUCUUGGAGAUGAAGAGUACAAACAAAUGCUUUGUGUUGAUGGAGCAGCAAUUGAGAAGCCAAUCACCUUGAAGCCCGGUGAGGAAUGGACCGGCCGAGUGGAGCUCUCUGUUUUGGCUUCAAGUUAAUGACCAAACGCUUGAUCCUGACAUGAGGGGUUUUCUGAAGACACCACACUCAAGAACUGAAGAAUCACAAAACUAGUACAAGGGGGUAAACUUCAUGUUAAGAUUUCGUUUAUUUGCAAUAAGAAGUUGAAUAAGAGCAUGAUCACCUUCUUUUAAUUUGGUGAUGCUUGCUAAUUAUUGAGGAAGUGGGAGAUGUGUUUUUAGUUUCUCCCCCCAUUGUAGCUAUAGUGUAAAACCUACAUGGGUGAUAUUCCUACCUAUUGAAAGUGUACAUUGAACUGUAGAGGCAGUAGCAAAAUUAAUCUAUGUUGUUGCUUUAAUUGUGAGGGAAAAAAAAAA